AGCGCUGCCAUGUAUGAUCGUCCAGUAGUCGGGCACAAUAUUAGCGUGUGUAUAUCAGCAGCAGCACUCAUGGAAAUCUCACCUUGGGGAGACACGCCACCGAUGCCCAGUGCAAUCACACCGCCGGCGCCUGCCACCUACAGCCGUAAUAUCCCACUGUAGCUUUCAUCUGCGGCUUGCGCUUCCUGCUAAGAACAAUGAACCAGAAGGGCUCGGCGAAGCCCACGCCCUGUGCCUAGCUAGGACCAUCCACAAGGCAAUCAACGGGAGCAAGACGAGGAAGCAGAGGCACAUCUUCUCCGGCCCCGGCAUUCCACCGCUUGUAUGGGCAGCUUCUUCCCCAACACCGGUCGCCGCGCUCAGCCGCCAGGUUCUCCUUCCUUGUUUGCCAUGGGUUUCUUUGCAAGUCUUGUAGUGUUCAUGCUGCUGAUAGCCCCUUCCAGACAACAAGAGUGGGGUCAGCCAGCGUAUGCAAGAACAUUCGAACUGGAAACAAGCAAUUACAUUGAGGUGCCUAUUUGGUUGGACCAAACGGCAGACCUCAUAAGAGCAUCACAAAUAGUUUUUCACCCGGUAUUACCGCCACAACAACUUCACCUGCCGCCAAAUCCAUGGAUCUUCCAGCUUCUAAGGGGCCUUCCACUACCUGAUGGAAGUGGUCAUGAAGCCAUCGCGAUGGCUAUACGGCCGGACAACAGGUAUUGGCUCGGCUAUUUCACCUUUCGCACUGGUCGCUGGCAUGCGUUUGCGGGAGCGGAGGGAUUCUUCGAGAACCCAAUUCCACUGGGUUUCGACAGUAGCUACAGUACUCUGGUAGGAGGAUGGAAGAAUCUGCAGUACGUGCCAUUAGGGAAAACUGCGGCAGAGCAGGCGGUUACAGCGCUCUUUUGGUCUAACUUCGGAACCAAGAGAACAAAGAAAGCUCUUAAGAAGUCAGCAGCAGGACUGCUCGUAAUGUUUCUCGAGGGUCAUCGGUUUUUCCCCAUCAGGAACUUCGUGGAGCAACACUGGAAUUCAGACCAUCCAGCAUUCCUUUCUGAAAAACUAGCCCGGUUGGUGGUCAACUGGUCUGACAUUAGCUGCUCAAUAUCAUAUUGGGCUGUCUCCGGCGACUGGGCAUCCGGAGACGACGCACAAUACCUCAUUGGAUUGGACAUCGGGGUGAGCACCGUAGGGGAAGCGCUUUCAACUAUCUACCCAAUUCUGCAGGCAAAACACUGCAGAAAGUAUCCAUGAUCCUGCUGCAGUCACUCGACUCGACGGGUGAUCGAGGGAGUUAGACUAGAUGCUGUGUGGUGUUGCUACGUAGUAGGGUUGUUUUUAUUUCCACAAAUUUGCUUCCAUGUAUUUCCAAUUCCUUCAAAGUUGGCGACUGUGCCCAUCGGCGCUGUCCAUGGCCAACAGCAUUAGACUAGUGUAGGGUUUACUUUCUCUAUCAGUCUAUUCACAACCCUGUAACACCAACGGUUUAAUUAAAUUAUGCUGCACUUUGC